CCCAGGGCAGCAGCCUGACUGGUAUCCAUGGAAACGACGUCGCCUUCCAUGGCAACAGGCCAACUAAAACCUUUUAAAGAAAAGAUGUGCAAGAGUCUUUAUUGUGUCACUUUCCCAAAUACACCAGGAUGCACUUCAGUUCCUAAAACCAACCAGAAGAGGGCGGAGUGGAGCUACAGGCCAGGCAUUACAUCAUGAUUACUGCAUUACAUCCUAUGAUAUUGUCUAGGAAGCGUGUGUCAGUGUGGUUACACGCACCUCCAUCUCUUUCUCUGCCUCCUCUUAUUUUAUCACCAUCUUUUUCUCAUGGCUUUCCUGGGAGGGGGGGGGGGGGGGCAGAGAAAGGCGAGGCUCUGUUGUCAGACCUGUCAGUCUAGCCGGCUCGGUCCCUCCUACCUCGGUGGAGGCAUUACAUACUGGUGGAGCUCCUGCUCUUAGCAACGGUGCCUCAGCAACAGAGCCACGGCAACAGAGCUCCACGGCAACAGCGUGCCGUGUCUCCCCGAUGGAGCUGCCAUUGGGCGGACCAGCGCUCAGGCACUACACCCAGAGCAGACCGAGACCUCACCGACAAAAACUGAACUACCGCCCCAGCAAACCACAGGAGACAAUAAUUGAGAGUGAAAAUGAAGUCCUUGAGCACAUGGGGCGCGUGGAUGAAGGAGUUGAGGAGUUCUUUACUAAAAGAGUACUUCCUUCUGAAACACCGAAAAUCCAAGAUGAAGAAUCAAUCACAGUGCAUGAGGUGGCUCCCGCCAGCUCAGUCCCCAGCCAACCCCCAACGAAAACACUCAGGAGGAAGCUCGGCGAUUUCUUUACACUUAAAAAGAGGCGAGGUUUGAAAUCGGAGGCAAGCCACGAGGCGCGACCCAAGAAGACCUCCAUAGCUGAUCUCAUACGCCCGCUCAGGGAGGUGGCCAGAGCUGAGAAAGAGAAAGAGAAAGAGCGGGUGAAGGAGCACGACAAGGAAAAUGAAAAGGAGAGGGCGAAGGAACAGCCCGGCGGCGUUCCUGUGGAGACAGAUGUUCAGGAGACUCCUGCUCCCGGUGCUCCACCGCUGAGGGCUGAAGCGGUGCCGCCCCGCCGAGCUCUCAGAGAGGGGAAGUCCCAGUCCCUCAUUUUACUGUCAGGAUCAGCAGCCGGGACGGCUAAUGCCAGAAACAACUCAAAGAAGCAAUUUGAAGGCCAACAUAGCUUCGAACAGAAACUUCAUCUCAUGCUUCAGCGCAUCGGAGUUUCUAAACCUCAGCCAGGAGACGCACAGAAUCAAGAGGGAGAGAUGAAAAAAGCAGAAUCUGAAGGUACUAUCAUUGACAGUAAACCUGAGCCACCUCCUACUUUCUCAAAACCUCGAACCAUGUCUGCGUCAUCAGAUACAAGGCAUCAAAUUCGUCCAAGCGUAUCUGCGCAUGAGUCCGCCGGGAAACCUGCUCUGCUUCCGAAGCCAGUUCUCAAGCCAGGUCCACCCCCGACAGCAUCUGGCCGCAACACACCUGAGAACGAGCUAACCCAGAUAGAGGAGGCGGAGACGGCCACGCCCACUAAGUCCAGUCCACCUGCAGCCCCGUCUCCGGUUCCUGCUCCUAAAAUCUCUAACUCAGCCCCUGACUCAGCCACUUUUAUAGUUUCCUCUUCAAGUACUGUAACUCCCUCUCACACAGAAAUAUGCACUGACUCUAUUAAACUUACAGCAGCUACAACACCUACGAAUGUUAUAGAACUAGACAAAACUGUCCCUGAAGCUUCUACUGCUGACCUGCCCCCCCAGCCCAUUCCCACAACCAUUACAACCACUAUACCCACAGAGUCCCCCACCUCCCCCUCGGUUCCCUCCACCUCUGCUUCGGUUCCCCCCACCUCCCCCUCGGUUCCUUUCGCCUCCCCCUCGGAACCCCCCACCUCCCCCUCGGUUCCUGCCACCACCCCCUCGGUUCCCCCCACCUCCCCCUCGGUUCCUUUCGCCUCCCCCUCGGAAACCCCCACCUCCCCCUCGGUUCCCUCCAACACCCCCUUGGUUCCCUCCACCUCUGGUUCGGUUCCCUCCACCACCCCCUUGGUUCCCUCCACCUCUGGUUUGGUUCCCUCCACCUCCCCCUCGGUACCCCCCACCUCCCCUUCGGUUCCUGCCACCACCCCCUCGGUUCCCCCCACCUCUCCCUUGAUUCUUUCCACCUCUGCCUCAGUUCUCUCUACCUCCUCCUUGGUUCCUUCCACCUCCACCUCAGUUCCCUCCACCUCCCCCUUGGUUCCUUCCACCUCGGUUCCUUCCACCUCCGCCUCAAUUCCUUCCACCUCCACCUCAGUUCCCUCCACCUCCCCCUUGGUUCCUUCCACCUCCACCUCGGUGCCCUCCACCCCCGCGUCAGUUCUUUCCACCCCCGCCUUGGUUCUGUCCACCUCCGCCUCAGUUCCUUCCACUUGCCCUGAGCCCAUUACUCCAAGCAUCUCUGUCACUUCCAGCUCAACAGUAACUACAUCUUCCACUACCACCUCAGAAACAUUCUCUGCUCCCGAUGAUGAAAGCUCAGUUGCUACGUCAACAAGUCUGCCAACUGAAUCAAAUUUGCCUGAGCCAAAUGUCAUUCUCUCAGCUGAUACUGGUCCUGCUGCUGGUGAUGAUGUAGCUAGCAUCCCCACCACGUCCUUGCCCUCCACCACCAUGUCGAGUGGGCUGCCAGCCCCAUCUACAGCCACUGAUUCAGAUACUAAAAUCAGAGAGGACUCAGUUAUCCCCCCCACCGCAGUAGCUUCUGAUGCAUCCAUCGCUGAAGCAACACCUCCACCUUGCAUUUCAAGUGACACCAUUACAGCUUCACCUGAUGCCCCCAUUACCAGUUCCUCCCCCGUUCCUUCAACCAGCACCAUAAGCUCUGUCUUUCAUCCAGCCACCAUGAGCCCUCCAGACAUUUCUGCUCCCUCUACCUCCUCAAGUGAAACAACUCCCACUGACACCACUUCCACCAUCACCAGUUUAACUCAUGCAGACACCACUUACACCACUAGUUCAGCAACCACAGCUGCCAUUAGCUCCACACUCGCGAUUGAGUCAGACCCACCGCACAUUAGCAAUGUCAGCACUGAGCUCACGACCUCGACUGUCUCUUCCCUCCCUGAUGUUGGUAACUCAAGUGCUACUUCUCAGCAUCUGACCAGUCCAUCAGCCUCCAGCGACAGUACAGUCCAAGACGACGGUUUGCAGACAUCACCUGGGGAAAGAUCCACUGCGCCUGCAGAAAAGACCACAGCUGGAGAGGUGGACAUGUUGGAAGAAAGCAAGCUGGCUGAGAUGGAUGGGAAUGAGGAAGUUAUUGAUGAUGCAAAGAAGCGAGAGGAAGAGAAUGAGACACCAACCGUGGUCAGCAAUGAAGGCACGAGGAAAGAAGUGCAAGAGGAAAAUGUGAAAACGGAAGAAGACACAACUGCUGCAUUUCUAUCAGCAAAGGAGGAUGAGCUGGGCAGCGACAAGGGGGCGACAGAAGGUCCAAAACACAAAGAAGACAAACCAGUGAACGAGAAGUAAUUUUAAAAAAUACCGAAUUAGAAAAAUACGGGACCAACUACUGUGAUGGGGGCAGGUGAGACCACAGUAAAGGGUAGAGGGGGUUGGGCUCGAUCCAUAGCACUUCCGACAGGGACCAUCACAUUACAGCAGCACACCACAGAGGGUGGGCCACUGGACCAAAGAACUCGGAUCCCCUUGGUGUGAUGUGUGGUGUAAUCAACAGAUCCAGCAGUGUCUUUGUCCUUUUUUUUACUUAUGUUUGAAUUGUUUUGCAUCACACAUAUGAUUAUGUACCAUAAGAGAACUACUGUGGUUAAUUACACCAUGUUUACAAUAGAUGGAUAAGAGACAGAGCUAUGACUAUUAAAUGGAAUAUUGAAUUGA